GUUACCCACCAAUUAGCCUGCGUAAUAUUUGAGUAUUUUUUCAUGAAAUACUCACUACUUUUACUCAAGUAAUUAUUUGGAACAAUACGUUUUACUCAUAUUCUGGACUAACACACAGUUGUGUUGAGUACAUCGACUACUCAUACCGUUGCUGUAGUGUUGUCAGUUGCACCCCGACCCAAUAUUUAUGGCCUCAGCAUACAUCAAUAUUUUUAAUUGAAGCAAUUUAACAUUUAGUAAUAAUCUCCAAAAUGUUUAUCAGCACGUUUGAGUUUUGUGGGCAAACUAAUCGCGGCAAACAGCGCCAUUCAGCGGCAAACUCGUCACUUCCGCAUUCCCAAAAUAGACUUCAACUCCCAUGAUGCUUUGCCCUGAAGGCGGCCAGUCAUGCGGGUGGAAACAGGAGUGGGCAUCCGUUACGCUGCACGAAGAAGAAACUUUGGGGAAAGAUGCACGAAGAGGAGGAUGGCGUUGAGCCGAACUCCGGCCCAGCUCCUCGGUUCGAAGCCUCCGUCAAGGCGGUCGACGGAGUCGACGUGGAGGUGCCGAAGGAGCACACAUCCAAGCUGUGCGGCUUCUUGAGCAAACUGUCUGGCAAGGGGCCCCUGAGGGGGUACAAGCCGCGGUGGUUCGUUUACGAUCCAAGGAAAUGUUAUCUGUAUUACUUCAAGAGUCCUCAGGACGCCUUGCCUCUUGGACACAUUGAAAUAGGCGAUGCGUGCUUCAGCUACGACGUGGAAGCCGAAGAGGGACACUUUCAGAUCAGCACGGCCGGGAAAGAGUUUCUACUUAAGGCCCCCAGCAAGCAGGUGAUGCACUCCUGGUUGCAGCAGCUCCAACAGAAGCGUUGGGAGUUCAGCAACUCGCGAGGCUACGGGCAGAGGGACAGCUGGAGCUCACCCACCUUAGCCUACCCGAUCAGUGGGCUUGUAGCCGAAGACAAUGAUGCGUUCCUCUUUGAGAAGCUCAGCGACAGCAUGGAGAAGGUCCGCAGUGACUUUGCCUUGGAGUCCGAGACUGAAGGCGGUGGAACGGUUGGCAUCCAAUCGGCAAGAGGGACGUCCACUUCCACAAAUACCCUCAAUUUCUCGCUCAAGAAUUUUGGUACAGAGCUCAGGAACUCCAUGUCAUAUCUGCGACCGGGUCGGGGAGGCGAGAGCAGACGCAGUGUGUUUUACACCGGCAACAACAGCAGUGCAGAUGAUUGGGAGCUGGUGGACGCUCCACCCAAAGACUUCCCCGAACACAAACCUCAUCCAGACACUCACAGGCAUUCCUUUGGAUCGGCGUUUGAAUUUGUGCGCAACUCGUCGAGGCCGAAGAGGCCUCUCCUCCGUGAAAUGAUGGGCUCCGGGAAGUUUGGCCGCAACGCGGCCGAGAUCCGCAGUGCAGAGAGCUCCCCAGUGGAGUUUAACGGCAAGUUUUUGGAGAUGCAACUUCGUCUCCAAAGCCAGCAGGAGGAAGUGUGUCGCAUGCAACAGGAUCAAGCCAAACUCAAGGAGGAGCUGGUCAGUCAGAAGGAGCUGGUGAGACUAUUGCAGCAGACCUUAAGAACAUCCCAGAGCGAUCGCCAGCCAGCACAUCGUCCACUGCCGCCUUCCGAUUUAUCGUCCGCCGAGUCCAAUCAGACUCACCACCAAGAAGUAAGCCCGGAGGAGCUUGCACGUUUAGAGGCCCAUGUUGAGGAACGAGAUGGACAGAUCCAGUCCCUGUGUGGCCAUAUGGAGCGUUUGGCCUUGGAGAAGGAAAGCCUCCAGAAAGAGCUGAAGGGUCUAAAAAUCAAGGUUGGGGAGAUAAAUGACCAGCUGGGCAUGCUGAUGGAGACCAUUCAGGCCAAAGAUGAAGUCAUCAUGAAACUGUCGCAGCAGAGCUCUGAGCUGAGCGGGACUCCAAAUGAUGGUUCACCGCCUCCCAGAAAAGAUCAACAGGAACUGGACAUCCUCAAGGACAGUCUUCAAGGGUAUAAAACCCAAAACAAGUUUCUAAACAAAGAGAUCCUGGAGCUGACAGUGUUGCGCCGAAAUGCUGAAAGUCGUGAGAAAGCCUUGGAGGCAAAGUACACAGCCCUGGAAGCCAAGCUGUGUCAGGUGGAGAGUAAGUAUCUGGUGCUGCUACAAGAAGUGAAGAACCCAGUGUGCUCAUCUUCGGAGCCGAGUCCUGCUGGGGAGGUCAUCUCCCGAUUGUUGGAGGACGCCCUACAGUUGGAGAGCCCCGAGCAGGAAGAGAACCAUGUCUUUAGACCCAACACUGUCAGCGAGUAUGACGUGUACGGUUUCAAGACGUUGCCCGAGGAAGAGGAAGAGGAGGAGCGCCUCGUCGCCAAAGUGAGAGCCUUGGAGCUCAAGUCCCUCUCCUUGACGGAUCAGGAGGUGUCUGUCGGCGUCAAGUGGGAGAACUAUCUGGCCGGCACCAUGAACCGGAACUUGGUUCGCUCCCCCGAGCUCAAAACGCUGAUUCGCUGCGGUAUUCCCCACGAGCAUCGCUCUCAGUUGUGGCGCUGGUGCGUCUCCCUCCACGUCAAGAAGUUCCGGGAUCACUUGGCGGCCGAUUAUUAUGAAACGUUACUGAAUGUGGCCCGGGACAAACCCAACCCUGCUUCGAAGCAGAUUGAGCUGGAUUUAUUGCGAACUUUACCCAACAACAAGCACUACUCUUCUCCCAGUGCGAUCGGCAUCCAGAAGCUCAGAAAUGUUCUGGUGGCUUUCUCCUGGAGAAAUCCGGACAUCGGCUACUGCCAGGGACUAAACAGAUUGGCAGCUAUUGCGUUGCUGUAUUUGGACCAAGAAGAUGCCUUUUGGAGCCUCAUAGCCAUCGUGGAAGUGUUCAUGCCGAGAGAUUACUACACCAAGACUCUGCUCGGCUCGCAGGUGGACCAGCGUGUGUUCAAGGACUUGAUGAGCGAGAAGCUACCGCGACUCCACGCCCACUUUGAGCAGCACAAGGUGGACUUCUCGCUCAUCACUUUCAACUGGUUCCUGGUGGUGUUUGUGGACAGCGUGGUCAGCGACAUCCUCUUCAAGAUCUGGGACGCCUUCCUCUACGAAGGUCCAAAGAUUAUAUUUCGCUUCGCCCUUGCUCUCUUCAAAUACAAGGAGGAGGAGUUUUUGAAGUUGCAGGAUUCCACCACGAUCUUCAAAUAUCUCCGUUAUUUCACUCGCACAAUCCUUGAUUCCAGGAAGCUAAUGAACAUCGCUUUCGUGGACAUGAACCCGUUCCCGAUGAGGCAGAUCCACAACCGGCGUUCCUUCCACCUGGAGAAGGUCCGCCUGGAGCUGACCGAGCUGGAGGCCAUCAGGCAGACCUUCCUGCGGGAGAGGGAGACGUCUCAGGACGGACGCAGCUUCGUCAGCGACGACGAAGAGGACAACUGAAAACCGUCUGGUCGGAUGUGGUACAGGACAGGAAUGUGCUUUGACACAGUUUGCGUUUCAUUGUUGCUGGACUAAUCAACUUGUGGACCAAAAUAUCGCAGCCUAUCAGUAUUCCUGCCUUUUUUCCAUUUUUAUGUUUUACAUUGCUCUUGUGUCUUUACAAUACAACUUGUCUUAACGUGGCUGUCCGAAUCGGUUUUUGUUUCAUUUGUGGCUGUAACAUUUUAUAUGUACAUGUGCAUCUCAAUCAAUUAGUCAGUUGUGGAAAAUGCCAUUUUAGUGCAUUUCAAAAAGUAAAAACAUUAUAUAGAUUCACUGCACACGGAAUGAAAUAUUUCAUGAUUCUAUUUCGAAUUUUGAUGAUUAAUAGCUUACCGCAAGCCAAAACUCACAAUUCAAAUUUCAAAUAUGUAAUGUAAUAUUCCAGUUUUUUUGGGCCCCUUCUGAAAACUAUUUCUGAUUUUCACUUUUUGAACACCAAAAAUAAACGUUUCUAUGAUAUUCUAAUUAAUUAAGAUGCAUGUGUAUGUACGUAUUACAUUUUGAAGGUUGAUGUCAUGACCACACAGCAUGCCACUCUACAUUUGCACCUAAAUACCACUUGAUCGCCUGUUUUGCUUAACUAUUGUCAAAUUUGCUCGAAAAUGUAUUCGAUUCUGGUGCACACAACUCUUUCAUUGUUUUAUCCCAAUAUGUUUUUUAUUUUUACAUGACUUUUUUUAAAUAAGUUGACCCCUCAGAAUAAUCAAGUUUGGUAUUUUGUGACCAGGUCACACAACUGAUGUGUGUGUGGACCGUUUCUGGCACGCUUGAACCGAUUUUAAUUUUAUUAACUUCAAAGAAAAUAUUGUUUGAUGACAACUUGUUGAAACGAAAAAAAUGUUUGGGCCAGGACACCUGAUGUGUGUUGAUUGUUUUGCCAGUGCUUCCUGGACUUCAGUGCUUUUUCCUUUCAUCAACUUGAACAUUUUUACAAAUGUCACAAAACUGUCUUAUCCCCCCCCCCCCCCACCCCCAAAAAAAACACAUUACCACUUAUUUCCAACCAUUUCUUAGCUGGACGAUAGUAGCUGCUGGGACUGUUUUUUUGGGGGGGGGUCGCUCUUGCCGAUGUAGUUUCAUUCCAUGUUCGCAAGGUGGCAGUGCAGAGUGGCUGUAGUUUCAUUCCAUGUCCGCAAGAUGGCAGUGCAGAGUUUCUGUUCAGGCUUGCAUGCUGUGUUUUAUUUUUAAGCUGUUUCACUGUUUUUUCGGUUUCAGAUGAAAACGUUGUUUUGUGGCUGAAGUCAUUCAGUGGCACAUUUGUUCUUUUGAGAUGAUUUUACUUUUCGAUCUGAACACCGCUAUUACGUUUGAAAGAAACAAAUGUGGGUUUGGUCCUAUGAAUAAGAUGCCAACAGGUGUCUCCUCCUCACUUGCCUUCUGUUUGUGCUGACGUAUUGUUCCGAUAGUCAUUUUUUGCACGGGAAAUGCUGUUAGAUUUCUUUGCUGUCUCUUAUUCUUGUGAUGUCCGCCAGACUAAUGUGACAUUGUUUUUGGUUUGAAUUUCAAACUAAUGGAAAUGAAAAGGACGAGAGCAGGGCUCCCUUAACAUUUUCCAAGAGAGAGGUUACAUUGUGUGAUCCCCCCCAACAUUUGCCACUUUACAAAGACUAAGCUCCAUUCCAAUACAUGUUUUUCCCUUUCUGUUGCUCGUUUUUGUCAGCAUUCUAUUGCACACUUCCGAAUACAGUUCCCUUCAACGUUACCUGUUUAUUGUUGCAGUGCGAAAGGUACGUCGUAGUUUGUCAUUCUGUUCAAGACAUGUUAAUGAAUAAAAUUCAAAUGACUGAU